UUUGGCAGCAAUUAAAGAAAUCAAUUUCAGUUCAGUUUUGUGGUUUAAUGGGAAAGAACAUUACUUGCAUCAAGUCAUAAAAAUCAAAACUUUAGUAAUAAGUGUCAAUAAUGUUUAAAAAACUUCUUCUUCUGUGCUUCAUCGCAAGCUUCUCAUCAGUUCAAGCAACAAUCAAUUUAAUGUGCGAUUUUCAAAUCAGAGACGAUGUUUGUACCUGCGUAUUCCUGAUUUACAAUCCAAAUGGUGACAAUAGCUUCACAAUCGGUGGCAAUCCAGGCACAAACUGUACAUUCUCAAAUACAGUCCAAAUCGUAUCAACUGGAAUUACAACAAACAUUCCAACAAUCAUAUGUGAUACCUUUCCAAUGCUGGAAUCACUUGUCAUGGAAAAGAUGGGUAUCAACACACUAGAACCUAAUCCAUUCUAUAGUUGCACUAAUUUGAAAAUAUUAAGGAUUAGAGACAACCAAAUUACUUACAUCAAUCCACAUACAUUUUCAAAUACGAAGCUGCAGACUUUGGACUUGUACAACAAUACUUUACAGAGUCUGAACUACCUUUCAUUCUACAACCUUGGUAAUCUCCAAACCCUAAAUUUGCAGCUAAAUCCUGGAGUCCAUUUACCUGCGACUGUAUUUGACACACUUAGAAGCCUCGUGUCUCUCGAUCUUCGAUACUGUGAGAUUAACACUGUUGAAACUGGAUGGUUCAGUAACAUUGGAAACUUAAAUACACUUUACUUGUCCUAUAACACAUUCCAAAUGAUUCCAGCAACAGCAUUUAAUAAUUUAGGAAAUCUUUUGUAUCUUAGCAUGUCCUACGGCACACUAUCUACCCUUAAUGCUAAUACUUUCGCUUACAACAGAAGACUACAGACUUUAGACUUGAAUCACAAUAGCCUUACUUCCAUUUCUUCAAGUUUAUUCGCAAGUUUUGAAAACUUAUCAACCUUAUCGUUGUCAGCUAACAGUUUUUAUCAAAUACCAGCAAAUACUUUCGAGUCAUUAACUUCGUUGAGAACAUUCAGCUGUGAUUCGUGCAAUAUCGAUAGAAUUGAGAUUCAAUGGUUUAGCACCAUGAGGAAUUUAAUUUCCGUCAGUUUAGCCCAUAACAAUUUGAUAGAAAUUCCCAGAAAUGCAUUUACAUCAACUAAUCUAUUAGAGAAUGUCUAUCUUAGUGAUAAUAACCUUGUAAAGCUAGAAUCUAGGUCAUUUGGAUCUUUAGCAAAUUUGAGGACACUUAGUGUCACACAAAAUAAUAUUGACGAAAUUGAGCAUCAUUUCAUGAAUCAAUCAACAGUUCAUAGGACUGCAUUUUUCUCUGGCAACAAUUGUACUCAACUUAAUACAGAUAACUUUUUGGGGAAUAAGGCUGGAUAUAUGCAACAAAUGACUGGAUGUUUUGAUAAUUUUGAUAGAAUUAUGAUUGAACUUGAAACUUAUAACUCAACACUCUUCGACUGGCAUAAUAUCCGUCCAAAUGAUGAUUGGCAAGCAUUAAGAGUGAGGAUUCAGGCAGCAGAAAAUGCUCACAUUGGAUUAACAGACUCACUUGAUCGAGGAGAUCCAUUAGUUGAAAUUCACAUUGGUGAACGAGAUAAUCGUGACUCGAGUAUUUAUGAACGUGGCGAAAGAGUCUUGCUUGAUAAUGAGCAUCGUCGACUGAAUGAGAAUGAGAUGAGAACUUUUAUAAUCGGAUGGAAGUUUGGGAUUGUUAUGGUUUAUGAAGAAGCUGAAAGAUUUCCAUUUAUGGCUCAUUUUAUUCGCGAACCAUUUCCUGUAAACUUCUUUGGAUUGAGGACUAAUAUCAACACUUAUAACAGUCGUAACAAAGCAAUUUGGAAUGUGUCGAGAAUUCAAGGGAAUGAGCUGUUGCCAGUUAUACCUCCUACAACAACCACUGAACAACCAACGACCACUACUGAACCAAUUACAACAAAAACGGAUGAAUCUACCACAACAACUGAACAACCUACAACAACAACAACAACAACAACUGAACAACCUACAACAACAACAACAACAACUGAACAACCUACAACAACAACAACAGCUGAUUAAUCUAUAUCAAAUAGUGAUGAAUCUUCCACAAUUGCUACAUGAGUACAAUAGGAAGCUACAACUACUCCAAAUAACACUUUAUUACUUUCUUUUCAUUCUUAAACAGUUGGUCUAUAUACAUUUGGAAGAUAAAUGAAUUUAUUGUCAUUUCAAAAAUUAAUUUGUAUUGAAAUAAUAGUCUACGAAAAUUGCAAU